AUGAAAAUUUAUUGGUUGCUUCUUUGUUUGUUAGUGGUAACAAAUUAAACAGCAACAAUUUCAGCAAGUCAAGUGUCUUAAUGUUCAUGCAUAAAUGCUAUGCGAGAAAAAGAUUGUUUAAAUUAGUAUUGUAAUUGGGAUGAUAAUUCAUCAAGUUGUUCAAACAAAUCUUGUUAGAGUUUUGGAGUAUAGGAGUGCGAUUAUUUACCAGAUCCAUUUAAUUGUGUUUGGAAUGAUACAAGUAGUAAAUGUGAAUAGUUCACAAAAUGCUCAGAUUACACAUUUAAUGUAAGUUAGGCAUCUCGUUGUGCGUUAUUGGUAAAGUGUUAACCAGAUUAUGAUACAAUUAAUAGUGCAGAGGGGACAUUAAAAUGUAAAGAUAGAACAUUAGAUGCCUUUUUAAGUGUAGAUAAUUGUAAUAUGUUGUCUUAUAGUUCAUGCUCUUGGUAUUAAACUCCAGAUGGUACUUAAUGUGUUAAGAAUGCAGAAUCAUAAACUUGUGAACCCAAAAAAAUUCAAUAUUGUUCAGAUUAUAAAAUAAUACAAAAUUGUAAUACUUAUGCAUGUUAUUGGACUACAAAUAAUACAUGCACAGAAAAAACUUGUUCAAUAUUAUUUGAAAAUGAAUGCCAAUAUUAUUUUUCAGUUGAUUCACAAUCAGUUACAUUCUGUUAAUGGAAUGGAACCUCAUGCAUUGAUUUAGAUUUGAACACCUUAAAAGAAGAAUAAUGUUUAUAUGCAACCGAAUUUACAUAUGGAUGGAAUCCUAAUAUUUAAAAGUGUGAAGUCUGUGUUUCUCCAGAUGAAAACUCAAAUGCCUUCAUUAUUCUAUUCCAAAUCAUCAUAAUUACCAUCAUAUUCAAUUGA